AAAUACAUAAACAAAAAUGAAAUAUAUUUAGCUCAACUUUAUAUAAUAUUCUCAAAAAAAUUAGAAUUAAUAGUAUCUUAUAUAGUUAUUUGAUCGAUCAUGGCUCAACCUGCAAUUUUGCCACUUCUUCCUACAACUUCUAUUACUACAACAGGAAAUAAUAGCAACUUAGAGGAAAGUGAUGAUGAAGAAUUGUUUAUGGUGCCGGAUAUGGAGGCGGCAAUGGAAGAAGAGGAUAGACAGAUGUUAAUGAAUCAAGGAAGUUUACAAAGCUCUAAUAAUAACGAUAAUGGUGGCGAAGUAGCGCCUCCUAAGCGUAAAAGAGGCCGUAAUCCUGCUGAUAAGGAAUAUAGAAGACUUAAGAGGUUGUUAAGGAACAGAGUGUCUGCUCAACAAGCACGUGAAAGAAAAAAGGUUUAUGUGAAUGAUUUAGAGUCAAGAGCCAAUGAAUUGCUUGACAAAAACUUCAAAUUAGAAGAGAAAAUUUCUACCCUCUCUAACGAAAACACCAUGCUUCGCAAGAUACUCAUGAACACCAGACCAAAGACUGACGAAAGUGAAGAGCCCAAGUGAUCAAUGAUGUGCUCGAUUUGAAUUUUGCAUUUCUAUUUUCUUAUUUUUCAAAUUCCUACUCAUAGAUGUUUUAAGAUAUAAUAGAAAUCUUGUGAAUGCAAGAUUUUGUAAAAUCAAGUAGAGAGAUAUAACAGAUAGAUGUGCUCACCUUAACGUUCUUUAUAAACCAACCAAUGAGCAAAUUCUUGUCUCUGGGGCUUAUUUCCCGGCACAAAACAACGAUAAAGACCAAUUCUGAGAGCUGAUA